AAAAAAAAAUAAAUUAAAAAGUCAUAAAACACAAUUGUUCUGAUUCUUUUCUUUGUAUGCAGGAGGAGACCGUCUCUCUCCUGCCUGUUCCUCCGUGGUCAUGGCGUCUCCUGUCCUCCUGCUCCUCCUCGUCAUGCCCGUGUGUGUGUGCGGCAGUGUUGAGGUGAACACCAGCUCUAAGCGGAGCUGUAUGGAGAAGGUGGUGUGCGCCGACGGGAUUCUACUUCCUGUUUGGCUCCCUCACGAUCCGCCGCUGCUCCAGCAGGUGAUUCGUGCGAUCAUCUACUUUGCGUCUCUGCUCUAUAUGUUCCUGGGCGUGUCCAUCAUCGCUGACCGCUUCAUGGCCUCCAUCGAGGUCAUCACCUCGCAGGAGAAAGAGGUAACCAAUACAGGGCCAAACGGGGAACAGACAGUGACGAGGGUGCGGAUAUGGAACGAAACCAUAUCCAAUCUCACUCUGAUGGCCCUCGGAUCUUCCGCUCCAGAGAUCCUGCUGUCAGUUAUAGAGGUGUGCGGACACGGCUUCGAAUCGGGCGAGCUCGGCCCCGGCACGAUCGUGGGCAGCGCUGCCUUUAACAUGCUCGUGAUCAUCGCGAUCUGUGUGUCUGUGAUCCCGGACGGCGAGGUGAGGAAGAUCAAACACCUGCGUGUGUUCUUCAUCACCGCCUCCUGGAGCAUCUUCGCCUACAUUUGGCUCUAUCUUAUCAUCUCCGUAAUGUCCCCGGGCAUCGUUCAGGUGUGGGAAGCCCUGACGACCCUCUUGUUCUUCCCCGUGUGUGUCCUGAUGGCGUGGAUCGCAGACCGGCGGCUCCUCUUCUACAAAUACCUUCAUCGGCGUUACCGUGCCGACAAGCGCCAUGGCAUCAUUGUGGAGACGGACGGCGAUCUGGCGCCCAAUGGCAUUGACGUCAUCAUGGAGGGGAAAUUCCAUGGCAACGCCAACGGUGGCACUAGCAACGGCACGGAGACGGGCAAAGGCCCCGAGCAGGAUCGUGAGGAGGUGAUCCGCGUGCUGCGUGACCUGCGGCAGAGACAUCCGGAUAAAGACUUGGACCAGCUGAUUGAGAUGGCCAACUACUCGAACCUACAGAAGCAGCCCAAGAGUCGCGCGUUUUACCGCGUACAGGCCACGCGCAUGAUUAUCGGAGCUGGAAACGUGUUAAAGAAGCACGCUGCAGCAGAACAGGCUAAACGUACAGGCCCAAAUGCAGGCCCUGAUGACGAUCUGGAGACUUGCGCACAUGUGGCGUUUGAGCAGGAUCGUUACCACUGUGGCGAAAACUGCGGCCAGCUGAGUGUAUGGGUUGUACUGCGAGGGGGCAGUGGCUCCGGAACGUUCCAAGUGGACUACCGGACCGACAACGGCUCGGCCAAAGCCGGAGUGGAUUACGAUUACUGCGAGGGAACGCUGGAGUUUCAACCUGGAGACACGCGCAAAGAGAUAAAGAUCGGCAUCAUAGACGACGAUGUUUUCGAGGAAGACGAGCAUUUCUUCAUCCGUCUCUCGAACCUGCGCGAGCAAGGUGCCGAAGCCACAGAGGCCGCCCGAUUGGUGGAACCCCUGGUUGCCACGGUAACAAUUCUGGACGACGACCACGCGGGCGUUUUUUCAUUCGGCCGACGCGAGCUUCUUGUUGCCGAGUGUGCGGGUGUCGCUGAGGUAACGGUCACCCGGGAGACGGGCACACGGGGCACCGUGGUCAUCCCGUUUCACACCGAGGACGGAACGGCGCGCGGUGGAGUCGACUUCCAACAUACACAGGGCGAACUGGAGUUCAGCAAUGAGGAGAGCUGUAAGAUAUUACAGGUGCCAAUCAUCAAUGUCCAGGAAUAUGAUAAGCGAGAAAACUUUUACAUCGUCCUUGAAGAACCUCGGUGGCUCAAGAGAGGAAUUUCAGAUUUGUUGUUGAAUCAGGGUGCUCCCAGUGCUGAGCAGGAAGAGGCGAGGAAGACCGCUGAAAGGGGGCGACCAGUUCUUGGGGAGCACAGCAGGCUGGAGGUCAUUAUUGAGGAGAGCAUGGCCUUUAAGAUCCGGCAGGGAAUGGCCCCCAAUGGCACGCUAGACCCGGUAGAGAAGGCUCCACCCUCCUGCAUGAGACGUGUUCGUGGAUUGAACACGGUCGAGCGUUUGUUAAAGGACACUAACCUGGCUGAAGUGAUUGGAACACACUCGUGGAAAGAACAAUUCAUUGAGGCUGUCACUGUCAGUGCAGGAGAGGGCGAUGAGGGCGAAGGGGGCGAGCCACGCCGGCCGUCCCGCUGUGAUUACUUCAUGCAUGUGAUGACGGUGUUCUGGAAGUUGGUGUUCGCUUUUGUCCCGCCCACUGGGUACUGGAACGGCUGGGCCUGCUUCAUCGUCUCCAUCAUCGUCAUCGGCUUCCUCACGGCCAUCAUCGGAGACCUGGCGUCUCACUUCGGCUGCACCGUGGGGCUGCGCGACACCGUCACGGCCUUAGUGUUCGUCGCCCUCGGCACCUCCAUCCCGGACACCUUUGCGAGUAAAGUCGCGGCGGUUCAGGAUCAGUACGCCGACGCCUCGGUGGGAAACGUGACAGGCAGCAACGCCGUGAACGUCUUCCUGGGGAUCGGCGUGGCCUGGUCCAUCUCAGCCAUCUACUGGGAGGUCAAAGGUCAGGUGUUCUACGUGGAGCCGGGCUCGCUGGCCUUCUCCGUCACGCUCUUCACCAUCUGCGCCUUCAUCAACAUGGGUGUGCUCAUGCUGCGGCGCCGCCCCUCUGUGGGCGGAGAGCUGGGUGGGCCCAAAGUCCUCAAGAUCCUCACGUCCAUGCUGUUCAUUGGUCUGUGGCUCCUCUACAUCACCUUCUCCAGCCUGGAGGCGUACUGUCACAUCCCAGGCUUCUGAGAAAACACGUUAAAACUUAUACACACCUUCAUACACUUUUGUACACCAUGGGGUCAUCAGGAAGACUGAACUCUACAUUUUGACCCUUUUUUUCCCACCCACACUGAAACUGAGACUCUGACACUAUUAUUUUAUAACCUGGUAUAACAGGACACUAUCAUCCUUUAGGAGUGGAGGAAUUAUCUUAAACAACCAAACCAAAAUAUUUCAUAUGACCCGAUAUUUACACUCGAAUGUGAGCUGAUGGACUGAACAAGUGAAACGAACUAAUGGAACUCACAAAUAAUGAUUUCUUUCAUUGUGGAUAUUGCAUGAUUGUAGUAUUUACUCACAUAAAUGGAUAUAACACUAAACGUAAUAAACAUUAUUAACUAACAGUAAAAAUCAUACUGCAACAUUGCGGGUGCCUUCUCUGGCAAAUCC